CACCGCUAGUAAGUGUGUACCACAGCGGGGGCUGGCACAGGUUCUUGUGAAGGUUUUUCAUAAGUUUAAACCUGCCCUGAUUAAGAUAAACAUCUCCGCUCUGACUGCAGAAGAGAAGACCUGGAGAAUAAAGUCCUGCAAUGUGUUAAACUGUGACAUGCCAGGAAGUAUGGGAUAUCCUAUUGCACAUCUCUGGUGCCUGGUGUGUCCUGGGGCAGGCCUACUGAGGAUACAGCUGCACAGCUCUGUCACAGCUGCAUAGUUCCCCUGAAGUCAGGCUUGUUCUGCUGGGAGGACUUAAAAUGAAGGUGUGAAAUCAACCACUGUCUGUCUGGAAGGACCCUGGAGUGACAACUGCUUUUUGUACAUAUAGGCUGAUAGCUAAGUGCAAUGUCUUGGCUCUGAGGGACUGGGAUGCAAACUAGCUUCUGUUCAGCUACUGCUUUGAUGCAGCUUCCAUCCGAACACCUCCAGAGUCAGUCCUGUGACCCUGAGACCUCAGCUGGAUGCUCUUCUACUCCCUCCUGCCUUAUCUCAACACCUGAAGACAUCUCUCAAAAUCAUUUGAGCUCUGCCGUGUGACAGAUGCAGGGGCUUUAAUCCAGGAUGAACGAAUGCUACUAUGAUAAGCGCAUGGACUUUUUUUAUAACAAGACAAACACUGACACAGUAGAUGAGUGGACAGGGCCAAAACUUAUUGUUGUUCUGUGUUUUGGAACAUUUUUCUGCCUCUUCAUUUUCAUUUCAAAUUCACUGGUGAUAGCAGCUGUGGUCAAGAACAAGAGGUUUCAUUUUCCCUUUUACUAUCUCCUGGCCAAUUUAGCUGCUGCAGACUUUUUUGCUGGAAUUGCCUAUGUCUUCUUGAUGUUCAACACUGGCCCAGUGUCUAAAACAUUAACUGUUAAUCGCUGGUUUUUGCGUCAGGGCCUUCUGGACACCAGCCUGACGGCUUCCCUGGUGAAUCUCCUCGUCAUAGCUGUUGAGCGGCACAUGUCGAUAAUGCGGAUGAAGAUCCACAGUAAUCUCACGAAGAAGAGAGUCACCUUUUUAAUUGUAUCAAUUUGGGCUAUUGCUAUUUUCAUGGGUGCUGUUCCUACCCUGGGUUGGAACUGCCUCUGUGACAUUACUGCCUGCUCAUCCCUAGCACCUAUUUACAGCAGAAGUUACCUGGUGUUCUGGAGCGUUUUAAACCUAGUUGUCUUCUUCAUUAUGGUGGUGGUUUACAUAAGAAUCUACAUGUAUGUCCAGAGGAAAACUAAUGUCUUAUCGUCACACACUAGUGGAUCCAUCAGCCGUAGGAGAACCCCUGUGAAGCUUAUGAAGACUGUCAUGACUCUUUUAGGUGCCUUUGUUGUCUGCUGGACCCCUGGUCUGGUCGUCUUACUGCUUGAUGGUCUGAACUGCACGUACUGUGGGAUUCAGAAUGUUAAAAGGUGGUUUCUUCUCCUGGCCCUGUUGAACUCUGUCAUGAAUCCAAUAAUUUAUUCAUACAAAGAUGAUGAGAUGUGGGGUACCAUGAAAAGAAUGAUUUGCUGCUCCUCUGAGGAUAAGAGCCAGGACAGACGCUCGUCACGGAUCCCCUCGACAGUUCUCUGCAGGAGCACGGAUACCUCAGGGCACUACAUUGAAGAUGGCAUUAUUCAAGGGACAAUUUGUGGAAAAGGAGAUCUUGGUGACAAAGAAAACUCCUGAGCUAUUCAAUGGACUGACUUGGCUGGAAAAGGAGAGGGGGAAGGGAGAAGUUUUGUAAGAGAAGAUUGACUGGCAAAGCUAGUAAACAAUAUAUCCACUUUGUUCCAGAGCCUAAACUCCAGUGUUAACAAAAGUUCUUAUAAAUAAUUGCCUGAUGGAAAAACACUUUGUAAUGAAGAAAACUUUCUGUGCUGCCGUCUUUCUCCUUUUUUUAUUUUAAGUACAUGAAAUUGUUUUUUUGUAUGAAUGGAAUAAAUACAUCUCAGAA